AUCAAUCACAUCAUGGCUGGCCUGCAAAGUGUUGUCGGUGAGUCGGUUCUUUAAUUCCACACCACCACCACCCUUAAAUCCCACACUGGAAGGAGGUCAUUCGGCCCAUUAUGUCUUGCUGGCUCUUUGAAGGAGUAAUUCACCUUGUGCCACUACCCCCCCAACAACCCUCUUCCCCCUGGCGUUGCACGUUUUUCCUUUUCAGUCACGUCAUGCUACCCAAGAAGAUAGCAAAGCUGGUCCCCAAGACACACCUCAUGUCCGAGACCGAGUGGAGGAACCUGGGAGUUCAGCAGAGCCCGGGCUGGAUUCACUACAUGAUCCACGAGCCAGAGCCUCACAUCUUGCUGUUCAGGAGGCCCCUUCCAAAGAAAGAACUCGAAGCAAUCUGACCACCUGGACCUGGACGCCAAGCGCCCCCUCCAACACGAAGCCCCUUGUCUCAGCUCCAACCAGCCAGAUCUCUCUGCGGACCGGAACCCUGGGAGCCAGGAUUAUAGUGACCGCCUUCUCUCUCAAACCACUCUCUUUUCUCGUUUUCAUUGCACCGUUUGUGGAAAGACUCAGCCCGAAACCUUCGACGCUACAAAUCCAGCUCCUCCCACCCACCCACCGCACCCCCCCCACCCCCCCAACUUCUCAGUAGAACCACAGAACAGACCGACCCGUGUGAAAGGCCCUUUUGAAUGACCGCUCGCUCCAGAAUGCCUGCCUCCUUCUCGGGCCCAGCCACCAUCUUUCUUUUCUGGUGUUACAGACGUCUUGGGGGCAGGGUUCCCCCGGGUGGGUGGGAGGUGGGCAUCAUGGUCACUCCGGGACCCCAGCUGUGGUCAGUUAUCCUACACCUGCCACCAUCCCCCCCCAACCCCCUUACCCCAUUCCCGUGUGCACUGGCUAGCUCCAGCCUGGGUGACACCCACCCUCGUAGACAAUUGUGGUGGUGGGCAUGCGACCAUCAACCUAUGGUGCAAGCCCAACCGUCUCCUGACAAGGCCGGACUGAAGCGGCUCAAGCGGCCCCCUCUGCCUCAGGCGGAGUCAUCCCCCCCCUCCUCCAAAUUUGGACAGUGCCCACAAGGGAGUAUUCCCAAGCCAACCACACACCCCCACCCCCCCUCACCCACGCGGGCGCAGGCGGCCGGAUUUCGGGUGCCCCCAUCAUGGCAACUCCAGGAUCUCAGAGGCCAGUCGGAUCUUCCCCUUGUCUUCGUCUUGUUUUGUGGCCUCCAGCUGCCCUCUGUCCAUCAGACAUAGGAACAGAAAUUAGGCCAUUCGGCCCAUCGAGUCUGCUCCGCCAUUCAAUCAUGGCUGAUAGGUUUCUCAACCCCGGACGGGGGCGCAGCCACCAACAGGGCCCAAUCUCUGGACGUGUGAUGCAGUGACUGGAGGGAGACCCCCCCCCUCUUCUGUCCCAGUGCUGCUGCUGCUGAGGAGGAGGAACCUGUGGGGGAAACCUGCUGCGAUUAAGGUUUUACUUCAUCGUCAGAUUAUUUUAACCGUUAUUUUUUUCAUGAAUUUUCCCCCCCAUGUUCCUGGUUAAUAGGAGGAAGGCCAUUCAGCCCCUCGAGCCUGUGCCAACAUUAUUCCAAUCCUGGCUGGUCUGUAUCUUAACUCCAACUGUCAACCUUGGUCCUGUAACCCUGCAUCCAUCUCGGUUCUGAAAUUUUCAAUUGACCCCACUGCAGCCUCAACAGCUUGUUUUGUGGGAGUGGGGGGGAGAGCUCCAGAUUCCCAUUCUCCCCCUGUGUGUGUGUGUGUGAGGAAGUGCUUCCUCUCAUCACCCCUGAAUGGCCUGGCUCCCAUUUUAAGGUCCUAACCCCCUUGCUCUGGACUCCCCACCCCUCCACUAGAGGGAAUAGUUUCUCAUUAUUGACUCUAUUGAAUCAUUUAAUCAUCUUAAACCCUUUGAUUAGGUCACCCCCUUAAUCUUCUACACUCACGGGAAUACAGAGCAAGUUUAAUUAAUUCGUUCACAUCAUUUAUUGUGAAUCCCUAAUCGCAUUUAAGAGUCAACCACACGACUGUGGGUCUGGAGUCCCAUGUAGGCUAGAUCCAGGUAAGGAUAGCAGAUUCCCCUUUCCAAAGCAGAUGGGUUUUUUAUGACAAUGGUUUGAAGGUCAUC